UCUGGGCCCUGCGGCUGGCGGCGGAGCCUUGUGCCUCCGCCAUAUUGUCUGUGUGAGGCCGGUGAGGAAGGCGGGCGGGCAGGCGCCGAACGAGUGAGCGGGCGGGACGUGGGGGUUGCCGGCGCCGCCGCCACUACCUCAGGUGACCGGCGGGACUUGUGGGGUGGGGAGCAUUUUGCCGUGGUCCUAGUGGAGGGCGGAAGGAGAGGCGUGACUGCCGGUCAAAUUUGCCGUCUGUUUCCGCAUGUCCUCCUAAAGACGAUAAGACUUAGCUUGUUGGAUGAAACCAAGUUGAAAAACUCAAGAGCUCUUCCUGAAAUCCCGUCCUGUGAUUUGCACUGCAAUUAGGAAAGGCAAAUACGACAACUGUGUAGCCUAACUCAUCCUGCCAAACUGUCCGAUAUGUCGGGACCCGUGCCAAGCAGGGCCAGAGUUUACACAGAUGUAAACACACACAGACCACGAGAAUAUUGGGAUUAUGAGUCACAUGUGGUUGAAUGGGGCAAUCAGGAUGACUACCAGCUCGUCCGGAAACUGGGCCGGGGCAAAUACAGCGAAGUCUUUGAAGCCAUCAACAUCACGAAUAACGAAAAAGUAGUUGUUAAAAUCUUGAAGCCCGUGAAAAAGAAGAAAAUCAAACGUGAAAUCAAAAUUUUGGAGAACUUACGAGGCGGCCCCAACAUCAUCACCCUUGCAGAUAUAGUGAAAGACCCUGUGUCUCGGACUCCGGCCUUGGUUUUUGAACAUGUAAACAACACAGACUUUAAGCAAUUGUACCAAACAUUAACGGACUACGAUAUUCGGUUCUACAUGUAUGAAAUCUUGAAGGCCCUAGAUUAUUGUCACAGUAUGGGGAUUAUGCAUCGAGACGUCAAGCCCCACAAUGUCAUGAUUGACCAUGAACACAGAAAGCUGCGGCUAAUAGAUUGGGGUUUAGCUGAAUUCUAUCAUCCUGGACAAGAAUACAAUGUCCGGGUGGCUUCCAGAUACUUCAAAGGCCCCGAGCUCCUUGUGGACUAUCAGAUGUACGACUAUAGCUUGGACAUGUGGAGCUUGGGCUGCAUGCUAGCCAGCAUGAUCUUCCGAAAGGAGCCGUUUUUCCAUGGCCAUGAUAAUUACGAUCAGUUGGUGAGAAUAGCCAAGGUGUUGGGAACGGAAGAUCUGUAUGACUAUAUUGACAAAUACAACAUUGAGCUGGACCCCCGUUUCAACGACAUCUUGGGCAGACACUCCCGGAAGCGAUGGGAACGCUUUGUUCAUAGUGAGAAUCAGCACUUGGUCAGCCCGGAGGCCCUGGAUUUCUUAGACAAGUUGCUGCGAUACGACCACCAAUCUCGCCUCACAGCAAGAGAAGCCAUGGAACACCCCUACUUCUAUCCCAUCGUGAAGGACCAGGCUCGGAUGAGCUCGACCAGCAUGCCGGGGAGCAGCACGCCCGUCAGCAGCGCCAGCAUGUUGUCAGGGAUUUCUUCAGUGCCAACGUCUUCGCCCCUUGGACCCCUUGCAGGCUCUCCUGUGAUCGCUGCCGCCAACACCUUGGGCAUGCCUGUUCCAGCUGCCGCGGGAGCCCAGCAGUAAAGGAGGGCCUCCCACCUCCCAGAUGCCUGACCAGAGCCAAGCUGGGGUGGGGUCCCCCUCCGCCCCCUCUCCAGGACAGCAGCAGCCCAGCAUUGCAGGAGGGGAGGAGACGGUCGGUCGCCUUGGGGAGCCACGUCUGAGCAGUUGCUUGUGGAUUUAUAGUAGUUCAGUCAUAAAAUUAGGCCAACUUCC